AUGGCGGCCAACAGCAGCAGCACGGGAGGAAAAUCCAGCAGCGGUAGUGGCGGAAAACUGUCCGGCCUGACCGCGGAGCAGGUGGUGGGCACGUUUCAGAGGAUGCGGCAGGAACAACGCAGUAUGGCAUCAAAAGCUGCGGAGCUGGAGAUGGAGAUCAACGAACACACUUUAGUUAUAGACACCCUCAAAGACGUUGACCCUUCUAGAAAAUGCUUUCGUCUUGUUGGAGGAGUUUUGGUCGAAAGAACAGUAAAAGAAGUCUUGCCAGCUUUGGAAAGCAACAAAGAACAGAUUUCCAAAAUAAUUGAAACGAUUAACACGCAAAUGCAGACAAAAGGGCGGGAGCUUACAGAGUACAGGGAGAAGUACAACAUUCGAUUGGUCGGCGAAGGAGAGGCGGAGUCACAGGCCACACCCUCUGACCAGAACAGUGAAGGAGGCGGCUCUAAAAGUGGAACUGGUGUUUUAGUGUCUUAA